CUAUUUGCCUCCGGCGGUGGGACAGUUCCUUUCGGCCCUAUCAACUCGGACUCUGUCGGCCGCCCUCGGCGACGAGUGGGAACGGGAAUUUCGCCCAUUCCUCUCGGACCGCCCACUCACUGGUACAGUCGUGGGGGCAUUGAGCUUGCCGAUCCCGAGGUCCCAGGCCCCAGGCAGGAGGGGGAGGGGGGGCGCGAUCGCUGCAAGACGAGACGUCCGGUUCGGGGGAACAUCUGUUUGUCUGGCAGAAAACGUAUGGCCUACAUGCGGGUCUGCCGGUGGCGAGCUUCUGCCGUACCAGAUACCGUGUGUCUGUGUGUGUAUGCCUGCGGGUGUAUGUGGACGCGCGGACAUGUGCCGUUGCGUGUCUGUGCGUCGCUGAUUGCAGGCGGCUGGAGGCCACCAGGCAAGCGGUUGAAGCCGACUCCACUCGGUCGUCUCAAAACUCUACUGCAAUACGAAAAAAACACUCACCUCGUCCGCAGUCCUCUGGCCGGACUUGCAAAAUUGCCCGACGCCUUGCCGGCAUUGCCAUGGCGCCUGGUUCAAGCGAAGUCAAGUCACUGCCUCGUCCAUCCACUUCACAGCCUCUAA